UUUGCUCGUAUUCGCUAGUACUUCAGUACACCUCAUCCCGUCAAACUUUAUAGCAACCACAAUGCCUAAAAGAAAACUUUCAUCAGGCCAUUCCCAAUCCCCGGAUCCGCUAUCAAUGAGUCAACAUGGCAGUGACGACGACGACACACCGCUCGAGGAACAAAUCACCGUCAAAAACCCGCCUCCGAGAAAGCACGCCGUCAAACCGACUCCAACUCGAUUGCAAGCUGUUGUCGAGAUUGACGUACCGGCUCAUCGUCUGAGAUCGAGAACGGUUGUUUCCAGUCCUUCCAAAAGAACGCCCGUCAAGACUCCCGUAAAGACACCUGCAAAGACACCAAUGACGGCGAAAAGGACUCGAAUGGUCAAUGAUGUGCCUUCACCUACACCAAAUGGGAAAGGCAAGGGGAAGGCCAAAGAAGUGCCAGAAGGCGAAGAACAGCCAACAAGUUCAAUAUUGAAAGCUUCUAUCAACUCUAAUAAAUCCAGCCGCAAACUCAAGACACCUGCUCGCACACCAGCCACGAAGGCUUCAGCUUCCACUUCCAAAGGCCUUGUCAAUAGUACUCCCACUCUUGCGUCCAGUAUUUCCAAACCGCUUCCCACCCCGUCUCCUGCUUUGUUAGAAGGAAGUGCUCGCAAACGUCCCAGGCUGAAUCAAUUUGCUGCCAAAACGCUUGAUUUCGAUAAUGGCAUCUUUUCCGAUCCCGACGACGAGCAAGAACAGGGGAAAGAUGGUGUUGUCGUUUCCACGGAGGUAUUUAGGGCUAACGAACGGCUGAAGAAGCAGAGAGAAGCGAGAAAUUUCACCUAUGAAGGUGAAGCGAAUGCACCGAGAAUGAUGAGGAGUGGUCGGGCACUGGUCAAAGUGAACGAGGAUAAGGGUGAUGAAGAUGAAGAAAUGGACGAGUAUGGUCCUCGAUUAGAGGAAGAGAACCCCUUGGCACCUCAGGCUCCCGUUAUACCUGACGUUCCAGUUGAGCCGCUUUUGAUUACCCCUUCUGAACCUUUGCCUCUUUCAACGCAAGAACCUUCCUCCCCUCCCAUAAUCAUCCCAGCCUUCCAAAGAACCUACCUUCAAGCUAUGCUCAACACCUUGACCUCUCAGAACGUUUCCAUCAACCCCCCACCUUUCGAAGAUGAAGAUCAUAACGAGACUCUACGAGGCGUCCUGAAUCUUAUGAAAGGUACUGUCGAACGAGGAGAAGGAAAUAGCGCCAUUGUUGUGGGCCCGCGAGGUAGUGGAAAGACACGUACCGUCGCCCGUGCUCUCAACCUUUUACCUUGCUCAUCAUCUACCUCUCCGAUCAUCGUGAGACUUUCAGGUCACGCGCAGACCAACGAUAAGUUGGCGAUUCGUGAGGUGGGACGACAGAUUGCAGAGGCGGAGGGACGGAAGUAUGGUGAUGAAGGGACAGGGGAUGAGGGCGAAGAUGUCGAUGAUGAUGAUGACGAGGAUUAUGCGCCUACAACAUUACCCUCCCAUCUCCUCGCUUUGCUGACUGCCCCUUCCCCACGAGCGAUCAUCAUCAUCCUUGAAGAAUUUGACCUUUUCACCGAACAUGCUCGUCAAGCCCUCCUUUACUGCCUCUUCGACGUGGUCCAGAGUGUCAAGACUGGCCCCACUGAAUCAACUCCCAGGGGAAUAGCAGUUCUCGGCCUCACCACGCGAGUGGAUACAUUGCUACUUCUUGAAAAACGUGUCAAAUCGAGGUUUUCACAUCGAAUAUGGCGAGUAACCUCGCCCCUUGCCUCUAUCGCUGCGUCUAACACAAUAAACGGAACAAAUGGAACGGAUGGAACGAAUGGGGUGAAGGAAGAAGGGGGAUGGAAGAGAUUAGUACAAAGAGCGUUAGUACUUUGGAAGACUGAAGAAGGAGAGGUGGACGAUGAAGUUGGAAAGUGGAAGGGCGACUGGGAGUACUCUGUCGAUGAAAUACUUCGCAAACCAACGAUACAAAGGAAUUUUGAUCGUCUGGCAAGUCUAACGACAGAUGUGAGAAAUAUUUACCGCCCAUUCAUUGAACCCCUGAUAGAUGUCAUUAAUGGGAAAACAGAAUAUCUCCGAUUGGACAAAAUUCUCAACAAUGUUGUUAAUCAAGUGGAAUGGGCUGGUUGGGGUUUGCAAUCUUCCAAACUUCGCGGCCUCCCACACCCUGCCUUGGGUAUAUUGAUCAUAGCCAAACAUCUCGCCUAUGCAGGCCGCGAUGAAUUCAACUUUGCGCAGGUUGAAGAAGAGUAUAUGCGUUUCUCGAGGACGAGGUUGGUUGGUAGCGGGAAAGUAAGGUGGCCCAUUGGCGUAUUGAAGCGAUCAUUUGAUCACCUCCAAAACCUCUCCCUACUCAUCCCUACCACCUCCACAUCAUCAUCCUCUCUCAACAGGCAACAACCCCAAUUCGCUCGUGUGAGAUGUGCGUUAGCGCCCAAUGAGAUUGUAGCUUGGUUUAAGGGGGAGGGAAAGGAUGUUUUGGGGGUGGAGAUGGGGAAUUGGGGGAGAAUGAUGGGUGGGCAUGCGUAAAAGUGCUAUGUUGUUGAUGUGCGCAAGCUGUUCUCGAUUGUUAUGAAUUGUCAGGUGAGGAGGCAUAUGUCUUAAUUGUGCCAAGGUACGGAGUAAUAGGUGUGGACAAGUGCCUUGCGCGCUUUGUUCUUCUUCCCUGCGGAACAAACUACGUGGCCUCGACAGAACCUCGUCUCUCUCUCCGCUCAAAGCUUUAGGACUGGAAAACCUCAUCAAUCUUCACCAGAACGAGGAGAUGCUGUGAAGAUAUAACGGAACGUGGAGUGGCACAAAUAUCAUCUACUGCUUGGGGAGUAUCAGAAGAAAUGUCUGAGUUGAUUAACGCAAACUGCAGAAAGUACUCAUAGU